GCAAAAAUGCACUUGCCAUGUGUCAUUGGUUGGCUGCUUCUAGCAAGUUUUAGCCGUGAAGCUGUGGGAAGGGGAUUUCCAAACCUAAAACCUAUUCAAGUUCACGAGGAUGGGAGCACCACGGAGAGUUCUACUAAUCCCACACCUUCUACUACACAAACACCCUCGAAUAGGGACAUCACCAUAGGACCCUGCAAAUGGGCCAUCGGUCGAAGUUGUCCUGAUCCCGAUGUCAAGUAUUAUAUCUACACACGCCACAAUCCGAUGGAUAGACAGUGCCUCCACAUAGACGAGACCCUGGAGAAGUCCAAUCUGACUGACUCCUACUUCAAUCCCCGAUAUCCCACGAAGAUCAUCAUCCAUGGCUACAACUCGGAUAUGUUUCUGCAUCCACUGCAACAAAUGAGAGAUGAAUAUCUGGCCAAGGCGGAUUAUAAUAUCAUCUAUAUUGACUGGAGUGUCCUGUCGCCAGGACCCUGCUACAUAAGUGCAGUUCAUAACACCAAACAUGCUGGAACUUGCGCCGCUCAGUUAGUAGAGAGAUUGGUGGAGACGGGAAAUACGGAUAUCCAUGUGAUAGGCUUCUCACUGGGAGCUCAGGUGCCUAACUACAUAGCGCGGAAUCUAAGUUCGUUUAUGCUGCCAAGGAUUACGGGCUUGGAUCCUGCGAUGCCGCUAUUCAUCACCUCUGGCAAUGCGGAUAAACUGGAUCCCAGUGAUGCCAGCUAUGUGGAUGUGAUACACACAAAUGCCUUGGUUCAGGGAAAAAUGGAACGAUGUGGUCAUGCGGAUUUUUACAUGAAUGGAGGGAUCAUGCAACCUGGUUGUAAUGGACAGAAAAUUAAUUCCUUUGCCUGCAGCCAUCAGCGGGCUCCUGCGUACUUCCUGGAAUCCAUUCGCUCACCCAAGGGUUUUUGGGGAUGGGCCUGCAGUGGAUACAUAUCCUACCUCCUGGGCAUGUGUCCUCCCACGAACUUCCUGCUGGAGGCUGGGGACAACAUAAGGCCCACUACCAGGGGAAUGUUCAUGAUAGACACCAAUGAUAGUUCACCCUUUGCUCUGGGCAAGUGGACGGACUUGCCCACCUUGGGGGCGAAGCAACCACAUUGGCGUGCUCCGCCACAGAAGCUGAAGGCGCCUCCGAAUCAGGGUGUGGAUCCGCUCCUGCAUCACAUCGACCAGUUCGGUAAAUUGGCCGCCAACUUUAACAACCUGCAGAUGUCUCCCAGUGGACAGGAUCCCUACGAGCACUGGACGAGCUUCAGUCCGGAGCAGAAGGAGAACGAUGACGAUGAUGACUCCGUGGAGGAACAGGACCUGGUGGAAUUCACCGAGCCAGAUGAUCGUCAGUUUAGCACGCAAGCUCCCAUACUAAGCUGGUGGGAUUACAGAAGGAAUCUCACAUAUGGUUUCAUGGAGAACAACAUAUUUGCUGUGCCAACAGUGGAUUAGCCCUAAUCGAUGCUAUGAGCUAUUGAAAACCCUUCCUUGCCCCAUUCCUUACUAAUACUUAAGCGUCACUUAGCUGAUAUUGAUACUUUCAAUUACAAUACCUAUAAAAAUAGCCCCACAACCUC